GCGCCUGUCUUUCCCUCUGCUCCCAGCCUUUGCUGGGCGCUAGACCGGGUCCCGCAGUCCGGCCGCUUCCCCGCCGCGGCUCGUCACCCCCGGGGUCCCAGCCUUCACGGGCCGGGGCUCCGCCGCGGCAGGACGGGGAGGAGGACCAUGGCGUCCUGCGUGGGGAGCCGGACUCUGAGCAAGGAUGAUGUGAACUACAGGAUGCAUUUCCGGAUGAUCAACGAGCAGCAAGUAGAGGACAUCACCAUAGACUUCUUCUACCGGCCCCACACCAUCACCCUGCUCAGUUUCACCAUCGUCAGCCUCAUGUACUUUGCGUUCACCAGGGACGACUCUGUUCCUGAAGACAACAUCUGGAGGGGCAUCCUCUCGGUGAUUUUCUUCUUUCUCAUCAUCAGCGUGCUAGCUUUCCCCAAUGGUCCAUUUACUCGACCUCACCCGGCUUUAUGGAGAAUGGUUUUUGGCCUCAGUGUACUCUACUUCCUGUUCCUGGUGUUUCUCCUCUUCCUGAAUUUCGAGCAGGUUAAAUCCCUAAUGUAUUGGCUAGAUCCCAAUCUUCGAUACGCGACAAGAGAAGCAGAUAUCAUGGAGUAUGCUGUGAACUGCCACGUGAUCACCUGGGAGCGGAUUGUCAGCCACUUUGAUAUAUUUGCAUUUGGGCAUUUCUGGGGCUGGGCCAUGAAGGCCUUGUUGAUCCGUAGUUACGGGCUCUGCUGGACAAUCAGUAUCACCUGGGAACUGACCGAGCUUUUCUUCAUGCAUCUUCUGCCCAAUUUUGCCGAGUGCUGGUGGGACCAGGUCAUUCUGGACAUCCUGUUGUGCAAUGGCGGUGGCAUCUGGCUGGGCAUGGUCGUUUGCCGGUUCUUAGAGAUGAGGACUUACCACUGGGCAAGCUUCAAGGACAUCCAUACCACCACAGGGAAGAUUAAACGCGCCGUGCUGCAGUUCACUCCUGCAAGCUGGACUUACGUGAGGUGGUUUGACCCCAAGUCUUCCUUUCAGAGAGUGGCUGGCAUAUAUCUUUUCAUGAUCAUCUGGCAGCUGACUGAGUUGAAUACCUUCUUCUUAAAGCACAUCUUUGUAUUCCAAGCCAGCCAUCCCUUGAGUUGGUGUAGAAUCCUCUUCAUCGGCUGCAUCACGGCUCCCACAGUGAGACAGUACUAUGCUUACCUCACCGACACGCAGUGCAAGCGCGUGGGUACGCAGUGCUGGGUAUUUGGACAAGGCCGAGCCUUCUCAGCACCUGGGAGCCCAUCAGAUCCUGGAGUUGCAGAAGCACUGCUGUUAGAAAAACCUGCCCAUCAUAAUGAAGCCAAGAGAAUGGAUCCUGAUCAGCGAUUUAAAAUGAAGCAGAAUAGAAAUCCACCAGAGGUCAUUGGUUUCCUGGAAGCUAUUGUUUGCAUUAAAUUUGGACAAGAUCUCUUUUCUAAGACGCAGAUACUCUAUGUUGUGCUGUGGCUUCUUUGCGUGGCCUUCACCACGUUCUUGUGCCUGUAUGGUAUGGUUUGGUAUGCAGAGCACUAUGGUCACCGGGAAAAGACCUAUUCAGAGUGUGAAGAUGGCACGUACAGUCCAAAUAUUUCCUGGCACCAUGGGAAAGGCUCCAAAGGUUCUGAAGACAGCCCACCCAAGCAUUCAGGCAACAAUGAAAGUCAUUCUUCCAGAAGAAGGAACCGGCAUUCCAAGUCCAAAGUCACCAACGGAGUUGGGAAGAAAUGAAAGACCCUGGUUAAUCACAGAUGUUCCAGAGAGUGCCUAGAACCGAGGGGGAAGCUGAACAUGUUUGGACCUUCCCAUGCAGAGAUCAAAAUGUACAGAGCAAACAGAAGAAAUAGAGGGAACUUUGGGGGUCAUGAUCUAAGAGUGUAAGUCUUGUUUCCUGUAGGCCAAAUUGGGCAGACCAUGGCCUGGGAUGCUUCGCCAAUUGGAGGUGUCUCCUAACUUCAGCACUUGGCCUUGGUUGCCAGUAGCAAUACAGUAUGUUGGAAGGAGAGGACAGCUAUUUGCUCGUGCUUGCCAAGGCCAGCUUUGUACUUGUGUGUCUUGUGGAUGCUGUAUAAAUGUCUUCAUUUAGAUGCAGGUGUAAACAGGUGGUUAAUGGACUGGCCGCCAGGUUUUAUUUUUAUGUCAGCCUUUUCAUUUGAUUGAUUGAAGUUCAGGCCACUUUCUCAUUUUUUACCUUAUUUUUGUUUUCAAGUUAGAAUGCUUAAAAGCUUCCAGAACACACUGAAAUUGUGGGGGGAGGGUUCCUUCCAGAGAGACAAAGAACACGGAAAGUGUCUUGCUUCCCAUCCUCAGUCCCCAGCCACAUGACCAGCAGUCUGAGUUUCAGAAAGGCUAGCUGCCUGUGCUGGAGCCCGGGUUUCAAAUCAGAACCUUUUUUGUUCUAUUCCAAAUGUCAUUUGUCCAGACUUACCCACAGCACACAAAAGUGACUGCUGGAGGAGUGCAACACUGGCUCCUCUCCCGCCAGGUGCCUUUUACAUGUGCUUGGUUUCCUUCUGUGGUGUGUUGCUUACUGUGUCUUUCUGUCCCAUGUGAGGUGCUGGUGAGUAUUAACUUUCAUCCGUGCCAUACUCUUCUAGAACAUUCUCCUAGUCCAUCCUGGAUCCCUGUUUUAAAUAAAACAAUUCACAUUAAAGCUCAUCAAAGAUCUGUCUCUA